AUUUCCAUCCCUGCAGGUGGUUCCACAGGUAGAACAGGACCGUGAGAGAGAGGACACUCGCCGUGCCCAGAUUAUUCUCAUUUUCCUCAACUACCGCAGGCCUUCCGAUAAAACGCCAGCAACUCCUCAACUAGCAUUUCUUUUUUGUUCUUCUGAGCGAUCAACAACAAUGAUGUUGCGGAUUCUGGCUUGUGCUGCCGUGGUAGCUCUAGUGUAUGCUCAGACUGCCAGUCAGAACUGUAGGCGGGACGUAGUGGAGAUUGAAGCCGUCUUCAACUACACCAAUGCCCCCGAGUUCGGUUCCCUUAGUCAGAGGCAGCAAAUCUUCAUAUACGAGAGUCUGGCCGCUUCGGAGGCUUGCAAGCUGACUGGCUUUCUCAACCCAACCACCAUGCAGAGAACAUUGCAGCUUCUUCAAGAGUUGCCUUUGAAGUAUGUGUAUCUGUACAUCGGUUACCUUUCCAAGUCUCUUGAAGUCGAAGGAGUCGUUGUUCCACAGUGAAAGACUUACCUCUGACCUCAGGCAUCAGCUUUUCUUUUGUCAUUAGCCGUGUCAUCAGUGUGUUUUGUUACUUCAGCAAUAAAGAACAUCGUUAACCUA